GGUUUAUACCUGUCCAGUGUAUACCAUUUCUACACAACCUAUAUAGAGUUCUCCUGUAACCACAUUCACGUACUCGGGAUUUACCUGUUAGCCAGUGGGAAGAUUUUCUGGCGAGACUGCCAGGCAGCUUACUUUAACCACAGGGACGCUGGUUUGCCUCUAUAUCCAUCGCUGCCGACCUGUCGAUUUAGUCGGAGAGUGGAAGGAUUUGACUGAAGGUCAAACAUGCAUAAAGCAGGCUGAUCCUCUCUGUCAGAGCUACGUUUUCUUAGCAGAGUCGUACCUCAGGUUCAAAGCAUAUUGACUGCCUGUAUGCAUCUUCCUAAGGAUCAACUCUUGUCAGAAAAAAGCUAACACGCAAGGCUUUUACCUUGGAUAACCUAGGAGUUCCUCACGUUUGAGGUGAAACAAUACGGUAAUUGACGCCGUUUUGAUAAAGAUAACAGCACGAUUGGAUGCUACCUGAUCCCCAGGGGAAAUCUGUGCUUCUCCUCCAAGGCAAAACAGGUCGGAUUCCCUGAGCUCUGAUAUUCUUAUGGCCUGGUUGAAAAAGACGGUAAUGACAGUAUAUACCUGAAGGCAAGUGAUGUCUGGAGGAACUCACCUGUGUAUAACGCCUUCAUCUCCUGGGUGAGCAGUGAAAAUGAGUGUCUCUGUGUUCCACAAAGCCGCGCUAUCUACACUUCUACCAAUGCACAGACUUCCUGUCCAACUGCUGUGUUUGGUGACGAUGCUCUCAUUGAGCGAGGAAUUAUCAACGACAGAAGCAUCACCAAAAAGGGCAAGUACCAGACGAACCAUCCUUGACGACCUGUUGAUUGACUACGAUCCCAAGAUUUCACCCCACUACGACGAAGACAUACCGACUAAUGUCUCGGUACAGAUAUACAUCUACAGCGUGGACACCUUUAACGAAGCUGCGAUGGUGAGGACAGUGAAAACCUGGCCACGUGAAUACUCUCUGACGAUCUUCGUCCGUCAGAAGUGGCACGAUGCCCGAUUGUCUUACUCUGCCUACCCUAUCAUCACAGAACCUCUGGAGCUGGACACGAAGAUCAUGGCCCGGGUCUGGGUACCGGAUCUGUACUUUACUAACGAAAAGAGGGCAGCCUUCCACGUUGUCACCGUGCCCAACAAGCUUAUGCACCUCUACCGGAACGGCACCAUCUUCUACAGCGUCAGAUUAUCCAUGACAUUAUCGUGUAUGAUGAACUUGCACAAAUACCCAUUCGACACCCAAAUCUGUGGCAUUACUGCAGAAAGUUACAGUUACACGACGGACUACUUGGUGUUCAGCUGGUUUGAUCACAGACCUAUAGAGUAUUCAGACAGUCUGUUAAUACCACAGUUUAAGAAGCAAGACACGACGGCCCUUGACUGCACGAAGACGUACGGAGAAGGGGACAGCGGAUUAAUCGGAGUCGGGAAUUUCACGUGCAUUCGGGCGAGCAUCGUUCUGGAGAGAGACAUCUGGUAUUACGUCAUUCAGGUAUACAUCCCCAGUACCUUGAUCGUUAUCCUCUCCUGGGUCUCCUUCUGGCUCGAUGUGGACGCCAUCCCCGCCAGAAUCACCCUCGGAGUGCUCACAGUGCUGACCCUCACUACCCAGAGCUCCAGUCUCCGCAACACGCUACCUAAGGUUUCCUACAUCAAGGCUAUAGACGUCUGGAUGGCCUUGUGUCUGGGCUUCGUCUUCUCUGCUCUGCUCGAGUUCGCUUUUGUCAACGUUCUAUCUAGACGGAAGAAGAACGACCCCAAUGUGGAGAGCAAAACCGGAAGUGAGGUGGACGACAUCAAACAGGAAGACGAGACGUGUGAAUCGAAGACAAGUCUGACUUUGGUGGGCCGGAAACGAGCGUUGUGUCUAGAUCGAGUCUCGCGGGUUUUAUUUCCCGCCGUGUUCUCCUUUCUGAACAUAUUUUACUGGCUUUUCUACACGGUCUGGCUAUAAUGACGACAGGUAAAAUGACGACACUUCGAAUUUUCAACCAGUGUCAUUUAAAAUACAUAUUCUUCAUGGAGUGGUUUUACAUUUUAGAAACAUCAACUUGGAGCUGAGACGUGAUUGUCACAAUUAUGAGAAAACCCGGGAGUAAAUCCCAGAGAUGUGGGCGAAAA